GCUGCCAAGAGAUGUGUGACAAAGCUGUUGACAGUAAAAGGCUAUUCAACAGCACUGUUUUGUCAUUCAAUACCACAAAACAAUAUGAGAUGCAGAUUUUACAGUCAACUUCUUAAAGGAAAAACUGUCAAGAUUGCAUGCGCAUCUGGCUUUUGGGGAGAUACUGCCGUUGCAGCCCCUCAGCUCAUCUAUGGUGCUAAAGUAGACUACAUCGUGUUUGACUACUUGUCAGAGAUUACAAUGUCACUGUUGAUAGCGGCAAAAAAGAAAUCCCCUGAUAUGGGUUAUGCUCCUGAUUUUGUACAGAUCAGUCUGGCUCCAUUCAUAAAAGAUAUUAAGAAAAAAGGCAUCAAGAUCGUCAGCAAUGCUGGAGGUGUGAACCCGACUGCUUGUGCAGCUUAUCUUCGGCAGGUCUGUGAUCAGGCAGAUGUCAAACUCAACAUUGCAGUCGUUGAUGGUGAUGAUCUCAUGCCUAAGGUGGCUGAACUGGAGAAACUAGGCAUAACUGAAAUGGAUUCUGGCAUGCCUUUUCCUAAAACAGUGCACAGCAUGAAUGCCUACAUAGGAUGUGGCCCCAUUGCCCAUGCACUGGACCGUGGAGCAGAUAUUGUAAUCACAGGAAGAUGUACCGACAGCUCUUUAGUACUGGGACCACUUGUACACUCAUUCCGCUGGUCUAUGAAUAAUUUUGACUUGCUAGCUGCUGGCAGCCUUGCAGGUCACCUGAUUGAGUGUGGGGCACAGGUUACUGGUGGAAUCUUUACUGACUGGCAUAUAGUGAAAGACUGGGACAACAUUGGUUUUCCCAUAGUAGAAGUUGGUGAAGAUGGCCAUUUUGUUUUGACUAAACCGCACCACACUGGAGGUCUUGUUUCCACGGCAACAGUAUCCGAACAACUUCUCUAUGAGAUUGGUGACCCGGCACACUACUUUUUGCCAGAUGUAGUUUGUGAUUUCACCAAUGUCUCCUUGAAUGAGGUGGCAGAGAACAUGGUGCAAGUCACGGGAGCACGGGGCAACCCACCUUCAGGAGAGUAUAAGGUGAGUGCAACAUAUGCUGAUGGGUACCGCUCCACGGUAGUUGUCCCAGUGGGAGGACCGAGGGCAUCACAGAAGGUGAAAAAGUCAGCAGAAGCUAUCAUUAAGAGGUGUCGGAGAAUAUUCCACCAGCUUCAUCUUGAUGAUUUUAAUGAAGUUCAUAUGGAGAUCCUAGGUAAUGAGAGUAUGUACGGAUCUCUGUCCAACAUUUCACAGGAUAUUAGAGAGGUGGUUUUGUGGCUUGCAGUUCAUCACAAACAGAGCAAAGCACUGGAGUUCUUUUCCAGGGAAAUUGCACCUGCUGGCACAGGCAUGGCUCCAGGAAUGUGUAACAUAGUUGGAGGAAGACCUAAAGUGUCACCAGUGUUGAAGCUGUUUUCAUUUUUGUAUCCUAAGAAUAAUUUAAAUAUUCGUAUCAGCAUGAAUGGUGAUUUUGUGGAGGAGUACAUUCCACCAGAGGUUCCGACGAAGGAGUACACCAAGAGAGCGUACCCGCCACCAUCGUCUGAAGAGGGUCACACAGAAUCAGUGUCCACUGGCAACUCGUCAUACCGCCUCGAAGAAUUGGCUUACACCAGGAGUGGUGACAAAGGAAACAACAGCAACAUAGGUGUGAUAGCUCGUCAUCCAUCAUACCUGCCCUACCUGAGACAGGCAUUGACUGCUGAACGGGUAGAAGCAUAUUUCAGUCACUUGUUCACUGAUCGCAAAGGACCAUUGAGUGAACGUAUCAGAAGAUUUGACGUACCAGGAAUCCAUGGAAUGAACUUUCUUCUCUACAAUGCACUUGGUGGAGGUGGAAUUGCAUCGCUCAGAGUCGAUCCUCAGGGUAAAGCUUUAGGACAAAUGCUACUCGACUUCGUCAUUGAAGACAUUCCAGACCUUAAGUCACUAGCCACUAAGACUAAAGACUGAAGUGUUUGAUGUCGAUUCAUCUCAGGGAGGCUUUGUCAUCAUAACUUGUUCAGAACGUAUGGGAAAUACUUAGCUCAGUUAUCACCUACAGUAACUGUUUGAACUGAACAAAGGCCAGGAUUUAUGUAUAAUUAUAUAGAAUUAUAAUGUAUUAAUUGUUUUUAUCUUUGGAACACAUCUUCAGGCAUGUUCUGAAGGCAGUGUGCUCACUAAACUCAGUUUUGUGAUUAAUAUUGUAUCAUAAUAUGAAAUGAAUGUAACAUUCAAAACCAGUCAAACUGUAUAUGAAAGCUCAACUAUGUAAUACCAUAUUGGACUGAACAUGCCACAAAAUAUGUGAAUUAGGCUAGGUUUUGAAUAGAGGCUGGAGGAUGGGCGAGGGUUUGCUGCAGACUUAUUUAGUUGGAUCCUGUGUUCAAAGGAGGUCUAAGUUUUUGGAUAUUAUUUUUAUUUUGAAGAAGUUUGGUAAGUUUAAAGCUGGAAAUUAGCUGGGCCUCUUUGAACCUUUAAGAUGGGCUGAAUAAAGGCUGUGAUUUACCUUUAAAAAUAAACAUUUGCAUUGUAUUGAUGCCAUCCAAGUAUUGAAGCAUGAAAUACUGUUAACAUAAACAUAAUAAUGUUUAAUAAACAUGUAUAUCGCAACAUCUGGGUCAGAUUUAUAAAAGGGUGAUCAUCAGUCAUUUAUAGUACCUGGAUGCUUAUAAAUAUUGAAUAUUGACGAAAUAUUUCACGAUUACAUGUGCCUAAGAGUAGAUACCUUUAAUAAAUUUGGCCCAUUAUGUACAAAGUACAUUUUCAAAACCUUUAAUUUGAAGCUGUAUUCUCAAUAAUAGAUGCUUCCUAGAAAUAUGCUUUAUGUUUAUCAGGUUUGAGCCUUUAAACAAGAACCUUACUUCUUGUCAACUGAAAUUUAGUUAUUAGAGAACAUAUACAUUUUGCACUACAUAUAUUCGAAUUUGUUUAUAAUAACUACUUGUAAUAUGUAUAUCAAUGCGAGACAAUUAUGUUAAUUACAAUUUUAAGGUGUCCUGCAAAAGACAAUUUGCUCAGGACUUAACACCACCAUGGGCUGGCCUUGUUCAUAGAACAUGUUGUGUCCUAACAUCAAGUAUAUUUUUAACAUGGGUACAUGUGUAAGCAUUUAGAAUAGAUUGUCCUGUUUUGUUUACUUCCCACAAUUCAUCAUUCUUGAAUUCCUGUUUGCUGUUGUGUGUAACCUUGGGUUUGUGCAAAAACAUUUUUGCCAUAUUGAUGCUUUGAUAAUGGGUUGUUUCUGAUCGGUUUCGUUAAAAUGAAAACCUAUGUUUGUUGGAAGUUCUUUUAUUUUACAUUUGUAAAAUAUGUUUAAAGAUGGAGACUGGGGCAUUAAGUUACUUCACCUUACAUGGAGUCCUUCAGUUUCUUAUUAACCAUGUGUGAAUUCUAUGUUUAUGUACUCUUAGUGUUUAUUUACUUAUAUGGUAAUAUUUUACAGAAAUAUUUGUCAAUUUUUAUCAUUUAUUUCACAAUUUUCUAUUACUUCAAACUAGACACAUACUCACUACAGUGGUAUAAAACUUUUUAAAUUUUGAAAGUUUAAGAUACAAAUAUUAAUUAUAUUGAAAAGUAAAAUUUAACCAUUGUCGUUUAACUUCAACGUGUGACCUUGAAGGUCAGAUGCUAAGAUGGUAACUUGGUUAGUCGGAAAAUGUAAGUCAUGGUUAAUUCAUGAUCCAGCAUGGUUACCAACUUUCUAAAACAAAUUUCAAUAAAAGUAUUGUUCAAGCUUUUGGCUGUAUGAUUAUCAUCUGUCAAGACAAAACUUAGUAGCAGUUUAAAUAAACUAGGACAUUGUUAAAGGCAACAAACAUGAUCUAUUUGUUAAUUAUUUAUGAUCAGAUGUUUUAUGUAUACUAGUCAAGUAGUAUAAUUCAUUAUAUUACCAUUUAUAUACAUUUCUCCAAGUGUUAACAUUGUUUGUGCAUAUAACUAUCUUCCUGGCCAAUUGAUGUUACCGGUAAAAUAACCUGUUUGAUUCUUUCUUUGUCUGAAUAAUCUUUAAUAUAAAUAAAGUGGUCAAUGAAAAAUAUCAGUAAUGAAGAAAUCGAAGGAUUCUGUCUAAUUUCUUAAAAUUGCCAAGGGUGGUCAGUAGAAUGAGAUGGUAGUGUGGUCCUAGUUCAGUCGGUAGAGUGAGAUGGUAGCGUGGUCCUAGUUCAGUCAGUAGAGUGAGAUGGUAGCAUUAUAGGAUCAAACCACUUCAGUGAACCUAUUCUCAGAUUGUUUUUCCCCCCAUCCUAAUCAGUGCCCCACUAUGACUGCUGUGAUAUGUGAUUUCCUGUCUGUGGGGAAAAUGCAUAUAAAAGAUCCAUUGCUGCUAAUGGAAAAAAUGUAGCAGGUUUCCUCUGACAAUUAGGAAAUAGUUUAUUUAACGACGCACUCAGCACAUUUUAUUUACAGUUAUACAGCGUUAAAAUUACCAAAUGUUCGACAUCCCAUUGAGUAGACAAUGAUUAAUUAAUAAAUGUGCUCUAAUAGUGUCGCUAAACAAAACAAAGUUAAAUUUUUCUUAAAACGUCGGACUUGAAACUAUACUUUAAUCUAAACAAAUUGCUAAUAGUUUUACAGAUUCUAAUAUUUCUUAAAGGGACACACCCUAGUUACGGCUAGUUGUUAACCAUUACGGCGUUGUUUUUCGCUAUUAAACCCAUUUUUUCACAAAUAAAAUUGCACUUUACUUACCGUUUAUUAUUUAGAA